UCAUUCACAAUCUGAGUAUACUCUCAUACUUUCCCGUAUCUCCAUGAAUACUACAAAUACACAUGAACUAAAAUAAUUUCUCAGAUACAAAAUGCAGUGCACUGGCUUUCUCUAUGGCAUCGUAGCUAAAGGUCGGAGGAAUUGCAACUUACAAGAGCUGGUUGCUGAGUUGUCUAGCUAGUCGAGCCUUUGUUCUUGAUCUAAGCUAAAGCCCAAGAAAACAGCUCCCAUGCUGAAAGAGCGUUACGCUGAUUGAUUUCAUGUAUCCUGCUGAUUCCGGUCAACAACAGUUCAAAGGUGAAAGAAGAGUCCUAAUCUUGUUUACGAUCAAGGUAGUUUAAGUUCUUAACAAUUCAAUUGGAAGAAGAUGUCCUAAAUUCAUAAUUCCACCCGAUAUAAAAUUCACAAGUCAUAUAUAAGCCAAAGAGAUAAGGUAAAUUGUCCCCAUACUCUGUUCCAAGCUAAGGAAUUUGAAGAGUAUCCUCUGUCCUUAGAAGUUUGAAAAGUGGAUAUCUAAGUACUUUAUUCUCUCUUUUUGUGCGAAGUACUUCAUUCUCUCUUGAGAGACAAAGUAACAAUCAUGGCGUUUCUUAUUGAUAUUGGUACCGGAAUUGUUGGAAAAAUUGUGGAGUUAACUGUUGCACCAAUUGGACGCCAAGUGGGUUAUCUAAUCUACUGCAAUGAUAAUGUCAAAAAACUAAAGAAGCAAUUGAAAAACUUGGUUGAUGCGAGUCAGAGUGUGGAGCACAAGGUCAGUGAAGAAAAGAGAAACAUAGGAGAAGUUGAAGCCGAAGUCAACACAUGGCUGACAGAUGUCCAAAAGAUCACAGAAGAGGCAAACGAGAUCUUGAAAGAAGGACAUAAAGAAAAGAUGAAGUGUCUUUAUGGAUUAUGUCCUAAUUUAGUGCUUCGUCACCAGUUAAGUCGAAAAUCAACAAAAUUAGUUCACGACAUUGCUGAACUCUAUGGAAAAAGGGAUUUUAACACUUUUGCACAUGCUACCACCCCACAUGAUGUACCCACUACAGAUUAUGAGGCCUUCGCUUCAAGAACUUUAGUGGUGAACCAAAUAAUGGAUGUGUUGAGAAAACGUCCUGAUAUCAACAUGAUAGGAGUGUACGGGCUUGGUGGUGUGGGAAAGACCACACUCGUCAAAGAAAUUUAUCGGCAAGCUACAGGAGACAAAACAUUAUUUGAUGAUGUGGCUAUGAUACUGGAUGUAAAACAAAAUCCAAGCAUCGAAAGAAUUCAAAAAGAAAUAGCUGAGAAGCUAGGUCUUGGCCUUCCUGAAAGUGAGACUACUAUUGGAAGAGCACGUCGUCUAUUUAGCCGGAUAAAAGACCAAAAGACUCUUGUAAUAUUAGAUGAUGUGUGUAAAAAAAUUAAUUUGGAGGAUGUGGGACUUUCUGGUGUGGCGACUUGUAAAGUAUUGCUGACAUCAAGAAUGCAAAAAGUAUUAUCUAGUGAGAUGCAUACACAAAAAGUGUUUCCGCUUGAUCUUUUAGGGGAAGAAGAAGCUUGGAAUUUGUUCGAGAAGAAGGCAGGUGAUGUUGUUAAACAUCCUGCCAUAAAAAAAAAAGCAACCAAAGUAGCCAAAAAAUGUGGAGGUUUGCCGGUUUUAGUUGUCACUGUUGCAAGUGCCUUGAAAAAUAGAAGUACAUUACAUGCAUGGAAAGAUGCAUUGAGACGUUUGAAAAGGUUUGACAAUGAAGAAUUCACAGAAAAGACAUAUUUGGCUCUAGAGUGGAGUUAUGGUCAGUUAAAUGAUGAGGAGCUUAAGCCAUUGUUCUUGCUCUGUGGAAUUAAUGCUAAUUCUUCGAAAACUAUCCCUAUCGAUUACCUUUUUAAAUAUGGCAUUGGUUUGGGUAUGUUUAAAAAUCUCAAUACGAUGGGAGAAGCAUGGGAUGCAUUAAAUUCAUUGCUUGAGAAACUUAAGGAUUCAUGUCUAUUGCUUGACCAUGCAAAAAGUGGCUAUGUCAAGAUGCAUGAUCUUGUGCAUGAUGUUGCUAAACGUAUUUUAUUAAAGGAUCAGAAUGUGUUGAGAGAAGAUGGUAAUGAGUUGAAAGAAUGGCCAGAUAAUAAGGAUUUCUGUGAAAAGUGUACUAAGAUCUGCCUCCAAACAUCCAAUAUCCCCAAACUUCCUGAAGUUUUGCAAUGCAAAGAACUAAAAUUGUUUUAUCUUAACACUACUGAUGAUGUUCUGGACUACUCCCUGGAAAUCCCAUGCAACUUUUUUCAAGAAACGACAAAACUCAGAGUGUUGGAUUUAACUGGUCUGAGUAUCCCAUCACUACCUCCAUCUCUUCAGUUCCUAAAAUGUCUGAAGACAUUGUGUCUAGAUUGGUGCACCUUGGGAGAUAUAGCUUUAAUUGGCCAACUACAAAACUUAGAAAUGCUUAGCUUUCAAGGAUCCAAGUUUAAAGAGUUGCCCAAAGAAAUAGGGCACUUGACUGGUCUACGAUCAUUGGAUUUGACUCAUUGCUCUCAGCUCGAACUAAUUUCACCUAAUGUUAUAUCAAGUUUGAAAAGACUAGAAGAAUUGAAAAUGGGAAAUAGCUUUAACCGAUGGGAGGCCAAAGGAGCCAUCAGUAUUGAGAAAAAUAAUGCAAGCCUUUCAGAGCUCAAGAAAUUGUCUAGGCUAAGCGCCUUGGAAAUACAUAUCUUGGAUGCUAAUAUUCUUCCAACAGGUUUGUUCUCCAAAGCAUUGAAAAGGUACCGAAUUUAUGUCGGUGAUGUGUGGAACUGGAAUGAUGAGGAUACAAACCUCAACACACUAAAGAUCAAGCUCACUACCGGCAAUGAAUUGUACCAAUCUGGUGUAAAUAUAUUGCUGAAAAGAACUGACGAGUUACACUUAAAUGGGAUGGAGGCUGGUAAUAAUACUGCGUAUCAAUCAUAUUUUGACGGAUUUCAGCAAAUGAAACAUCUCCACGUCCACAAUGCUGAAUUUAGAGAUAUCAUUACUGGGGAGGGUGUUUUUCCCAACUUAACAAGGUUGGUGGUGAGUGACCUACAUGGUUUGAAAUGCUUAUUAUCAUCUUCCAUGGCUAGAAGUCUUGUACAACUCACACAUCUUGAGGUAUCUAGAUGUCAAACCAUGGAAAAAAUAGUAUCAACAGACGAAUCUGAUGAAAAGCAUAUGAAUGACAUGUUCUCUAAGCUACAACAUUUGGAGCUAAAAGAUCUUCCAAUCCUCACAAGAUUGUGCUCAAGAUUUCCAUAUUUGGAGAUUUCGCAACCAAAGAACUACAAUGAAAUUGAAGAAAUGGACUCAAGAGAAAACCUUGGGAAUGCUUUCUUUGACAAAAAGGUAGUAUUUCCAAGCUUGAAGAGAUUGUUCAUCAAUGGCUUGACCAAGUUAAUGACAUUAUGGCACAGCCAACUUUCUCCAGAGAGUUUCAAAAAUCUAGAGACCGUAGACAUUCGCUCGUGUCAGAGUUUGAAAAGUGUUUUUCCAUCCUCAAUGGUCAAACGUUUACAGCAGUUAACACAUCUGAACGUGGUCAAUUGCAGAGUGGAGGAAAUCCUUGAAAAUGAAGAUGGACUACCAAUAACACAUGAGUUUGUGUUCUCAAAAGUAAACUCUCUCGGAUUUGAGGAUUUGCCCCAUCUGAGGUCCGGAAUGCAUGCUUCCAGGUGGCCGUCACUUGAAGCUUUGAGGGUACUUAGUUGUUGUAAAGUGGCAUUUUUGGCCCAAGAAUGUUCAAGCUUUGAGAGAAACUGUGAGCUAAUGAAUCCUACUCCAACUAAUAACCAAGCUCUCUUUCUAAUGAAGAAGGAUUCAUUCCCCAACUUGAAACUAGUCAGCAUGCGGGACAUGGAGAUUUGGGAUGGUCCUUUCCCGGUAAAGUUCUUUAGCAAACUAGAAAUUCUUCAAGUCGGUAACCAACACUGCGAGUCAGCUGCUGUACUUGAAAAAUUCCUUGAUCUCGACAAACCCAGUGUAACGAGUUCUGCUCAUUCCAAUGAAAUAUCUUUCCAUGAAAAAAGCCGUAGUGGGGAUAUAAAUGCAGUUGGGGCCCUCCCUCAGUUAAGUACGUUGUGGUUCUAUGGCAUGGAGAAGCUGAUGCAUUUAGGGGAAGAUAACACCCAAUCAGCAGGCCGAAAUUUUCCAAACCUGAAAGCUUUGGUAGUACAGGAGUGUCAUAGCUUAAGGAAUCUAAGAUCAUCAGCGAUAUCCUUCAAAAAUCUGACAAAUCUGGAAGUAUAUGGUUGUCCGGGAUUGGAAUACUUGAUAAAUUACUCCACAGCUAAAAGUUUCACGCAACUCACAGUCCUAGCAGUUAAGGAUUGUGCAAAGAUCGUAGAAAUAGUGGGAAGCACAGAAGAUGACGAUUCAGGAAAUGAGAUUGUAUUCAGCUGCUUGGAAUAUCUUGAACUUUCUAAUCUACCAAGAUUGCGAGGCUUUUGCUCGAGAGAUUGCAUUGUCAAAUUCCCAUCUUUGGAAACUUCAUCCAUAAGCAAACGCCUCAAACUGAAGAUUUUUCAUAACGAUGAAAUGGUACGGGUAACCAACGAAGAGGUUGACACAGAUGUUGAUGCUGAUGAUGACGAAGCGGUAACAAAGGAAAAGGUCGACAUAGAAACUGGUGUUGGUGGGGAACAAAUUGAUGUAGCUACAAAGAUAGCAAACAAAGAUAUAGAUACUGGUGUUGGUGGUGAACAAAUUGAUGUAGCUACAAAGAUAGCAAACAAAAACGAAGACGCAAAUGUUGAUGGAUCGGAACAUGUUCAGCCCGUUGAGACCACUGCGACUGAUCAGGGGGUCAAAACACCAGUGGAAGAAAAUCUGGCCAUCAUACCAGCAGGCGAAGUCACAACCCCUGUGUUCCCAGUCAUCGAGUCUGCUCCUGUCGCCGAAGUACCUCAUACUGAAGAAGUUAGGGAACAGAACCUAGAGCCUCUAGCUGAAGAAGCAAAGCCUGAUGUUCAUCAAACUCCCAAUGCACGAGAGCAGCCUGUUGAGGAACAAAGUGAUCCCUUGGAGCCUUCAGCUGCUGCUACAGGAACUCCAACACCUACCAUUCCUGCACUGCCUCCUCCAAGUUCUCCGAAGUCAUCUGAGACGAAACGAUCCUUGAGAGAGAAACUUCAAGCUCUGUCUGCCAAAAAGGCUGCUAGCAGUUCCGGCCUGUCCGAGGAGGCGAGGGCCAAGCUCAAAGCUCUUAUUGCUACUGCUGACUUGAAAGACCCCCACACCAGACAACAGCUCUUGGCAGUGCUGCCCACUCUCCAACUGUCUACUACCAAAUGGAUUGCUGAGCUUGCUGUUCAAGAGCUAUCGAAGUUACCACUGGUCUUGGACAAAGAGGAAUCAUUAUGCCAAGAAUUGGCUGCUCUUAAAGCUCAGGGCUCCAAGCUUGAUGUAAGGAGUCACAUACUCCUCUCUGAAGGUCCCUUAGCUGAAGAAAACAUCCAGAAGGUUCAGGAGCAGAAGGUGGUGCUACUGGCUCUGGAAGAACAGAUCAAAAAGCUUGAGGUGCGAGCAACUUCAAUCCGGGCUGAGAUCACCCUUGGCGAAAAGAGGUAUUCUGGUUUUGAAGCGUCCUUGGAUCAGCUAGUUAAGGAACAGCAACUCAACCAGCUCUCUGUGGAUUCAACAAGCCAAGAGUUGCUUAGGACUCGAGCUGUGAGUGACAGCUUAAGUACCGCCAUCUUUACUUAUCUCCGCCAGCUGUUGUAGGCCUCAGUUUUACAUUGGGCGUAUGUAUUUAUUAGGAAGAAUUAUACCUCAUGCAUUGCGGAAGAUUACUAUGACCACUUAUAAACUGUAAAAGACGAGCAUCUCCAUCACUUAUGUCAAAAAUCCACAUCUAAAGACACAUAAAGAGUCAGAUCUUAAUCAAUGAUACAUUAGCAUUUUAAUCUUGGUUAUGCAAUACUUUUUUAUUUUUUGAAAAGUAAAAAUGCCAUCAAUAUUAUUACAUACCGGUUGAAGUAGCAUGGGAAAUAAUAACAAAUCAGAAGAAACCUCGAGCAAGAAAUAAAAACAGCGAGAGAGCCAAAUAACUAUGAUCUAAAGUACAAAAAAGAUUGAUGUUGAACAAAUAUUUAAUUCUGCAAAAAACAAAUAGGGUCAUGUUGGACGCAAAACAAAUAGGGUCAUGUUGGACUAAGGAAGAAAACAGUCAUUAAAAGGGAUAAACAAAAACUUAUAAUUUGAUAAUUACUUUUGCAAUUCUAAGUUAAAUUAACAGGCCUGUGCUUGUAGAACUACUAUCAGCAGAUAUAGAUAUGCUAAGGCAGCAGAAACAGUAUAUGGUUGGUUCAUGGAGUAGAUAAGCUCAAGUUGUCAUGGUACUCAUAGAAAGGCUUCUUUGCUUGAUGAAGAAGGAAAAGCUCAACAAACAACUUAUAACGACUGACUUACAAUCAUCAACUUAUCUCCUAUGGUCCCACCUAUAUAGUCCGACAACCUAUAUGUGUACAAAAGAAAUAAUUAACGAAAACCAAGAAAGAACACUGAAUUACUCUUAUUUUAAUAGAAUUGUCUGAUGAUGAACUCAUUAACACUGGUUCGUUCACAAAAAAGUGCACUGAAAGUAUAGAACCAUCGUGAGCCUCUUUUAUAACUGAUUGAAGCCUUCUUUUUUUCCAGAUUCCAUAUGCUUAUGACACCAGAAGAACCUCCAGAUGCUAGAAGAAGCUGC